AGAAUAUUCGCUUUCCAGCAAUGGCGGAACCUCUUAGUAGGAGAGCGUUCCGACCCGGUUGUAAUUAUUGUAACACAGCGUGGGCAUGCUAGUUUGUCCAUGCGUGUUUUGAUAGUGUUUUAAAGUAAAAUCAGAGUACAGACAGCUGAGGGGUUUAUUUAGCUCUAAAUAAGGAUAAAAAUCAGAAUAUUUCAAGUUUUUGAAGGUGUUUCGACAAAAUGGCGGCAGACGUUUCCCGGUGUACGGUUGUUUCUUCUUAGUUUGUGGACAUUUGUAUCAAAUAGGUAGGUAGAAAACUAUAUUUUAACACUUUCAGAAAUAAAUGACACACAUAAUUCCUUUUUAACUGUCAUUUUAACACGAUUUUACUUGAAUUUGGCAACAAAUGAAAUCGUGUCUUAAAUCCAAAACAGAAAUGAUCUUUUUUAUUUUCUAAGUGGUUUCUUUAAAAUCAAUUAAAUCCCAACCUUCAGAAUAAACAAUUAAUACAGUUGAGUUUAUAUGGUAUCCACCAAACAUUAGAUUAAUCUAUUUACACCUUAUAUUGCUCAUAACUUUAUACGCAGAAGAAAACAUCUAUUUUGGAUACUUCUGGAAGAUUUUAAAAACAGUUUUAGAAUAGAUUUUAACGUUCGUAAUGGUUUUGACCCAUCUAUUUAAUUUUAACUUAAUUAUUAACUUUUUAAAUGUAUGCAUUUUAAUACUGUUUUUAUUGUGUUUAGAUCCUGGGGUGGGAAUGAGGGGUUGGGUUGGGGUAAAUGUGGGUAUUCUUUGUUUCUUUUUUUCUUUUUUCCAUGUAAAGCACUUGUGCUACAUGGUUGUGUAUGAAAAGUGCUAUAUAAAUAAAGACUGAUUGAUUGGAUUUCCUGAUCCAAAACCUCAUAUCUGGACUUACUUGUUGCAAAAAAGCCACAGUGUCUUAAAAAUGUGGUUGUGGGAAUUUGGAGCUCUGACCUGUUUGAAAAUUAAGUUUUUUUCUGUCUAGACCACCAAAUCCUGAUCCAUAAUCACAAUGCCUAGACUUCCCCUUUAGACCACAUUGAACCAGGUCCUGAUCUAAAACCUCAAGAUUCAGACUCUUCAGAUCUGGCCUAGAUAAUCCUAUAGAGGAUCCUGUCGUCUUCAAACACAAUACAAGAUUUGCAAAACUUUAAUUUUAUUAGUUUAAAUGCCAGAAAGUUUGAUUCUCUGUUUUUUUCCGUGUUCAGAUCAGUUGAGGUACCAUGGAGGGUUUGGAGGAGAAGCUCAACGGUCUUUCCAUCGCUCGCCGCUCUCACCCAGAGGAGCCCACCUACCUGCUGCAUGUGGCCCUGCAGCCAAGCGGCCUCCUGGCUGUCUCCUGCUCCAACUUCACCGUCCACCUUCACAACAAAGACACUCUAACCCUGCUGGGAGAGUACCAGGGCCACAGCAAGCCUCUCUGUGGGGUUGUUUUCUCCCAUCAAUCCCCUGACUUCCUCUACUCCGGCUCUGCUGACGGGACGGUCAGGGGAUGGGACGUCCGCCGCCCGGGGACAGAAGCAGCUCAGGUGUUUAAAAGCGACUCCUCACACAGCUUCUGCAGCUUUGACUUGAACUGUGGCGACACGCUCCUGUGCGCCGGCACCGAGCAGGUCAAUGAUGAGGACAGCUUCCUGGUUUUUUGGGAUGUUAGGAAACCAGGCGCUGGGCUUCUGGGGGUGUACUCUGAGUCCCACAGCGAUGACGUCACACAGGUGUGCUUCCAUCCUCGAGACAAAGACCGUCUGGCGUCAGGCUCUACAGACGGCCUUGUGAAUGUUUUCGACCUGAGCCGAGGUGCGGAGGAGGAGGCGCUGCUCGCCACGUGUAAUUCCAACUCCUCUGCUGGGUCAGUGUGCUGGUCCGGACCUGACUACACCCAGCUGCUGUGUCUGAGCCACGACGAGGGCCUCCACCUUUGGGACCUGGGUCAGCUGGACACAGAAGAGCCCCUCACCAUUUUCAGCACCUCUGACGCCCGCGGUCUGACUCUGCUCUCCGGCGGAGGAGGCGUGGAUUACCUGGUGGGAGGGAGGUGGCUGGAGGACGCGCAGAAGCUGCUGGUGGUCGGAGGGGAGAACAGCGGGGAUCUCCACCUGAUGGAGUGUGACGACAGGGGGCUCCGUCUGCUCAGGAGCCUGAAGGGCGGCCAUGCCUCCACUGUGCGCUGCUUCAUAUGGGACGCAGCAGGGGAAGCUCUGGUUACAGGGGGAGAGGAUGCUCAGCUGUUGCUGUGGAAACCAGGAGGGGAGGAGCUUACGCCGGGGAAAAAGGAGUCAAUGAAGAGCAAGUCAGCUUUGAAACUCAAAUCAAGGCCGCAUAAAAAACACGGCUACCAGAGAGAGAAGAAGGGGGCGAGACUAGACUGUGAAUGAGAUGUCAAAAAUACUGAGUCAUUUGAACUGGACUGUGGAGGCUGCUCACUUCUUUGGCAACACAAGAUUAUUAUCCAUAUUUAUUGUUUUAUAAAAUCACUUUGACAAACUCCCCCAUGACAUUCAGAUCCUCUCUAUUGAUUGAAACCACUAAAGUGAAAGUAUGCUCGCAGCAAGGGCGACUCUCCGUGAUCUUUGUUUUUCUCAAGUUGAUUCACUGCAUUUUGAAAUGUCAAAAGUAGUAUUAUGGGAUAUUUUAAGAUGAUAACUUUUCAGGAAAGACUGUGCCAAACUACAUCCUGUGUGUAAUACUUCUGUAGGGCUGCACAAUAUAUCGUUUGAGCAUCGUCAUCGUGAUGUACGUGUGCGCAAUAGUCACGCUGCAGAGCCCCGAUGUUGGAAGCGAAUGAAUUUAUGUAAUUUAAAGAUACUUUUUCCAAAUAUCGUGCAGCCUUAAGGUCCUUUCACACCGGGACCGUAUCAAAAUUUGCCUCUGAAUAUUUUGUAAAUUCGCGUUGUAUAUUUGCGUCGGUCCCGGUGUGUAAGGACCUUUAUACUACAACAUGGCUCUGUAGUAGAAGAGUCCUGUUGUGUUGUUGACAGAAUUGGUGAUGUUACACAAUGGUAAUGUACCUGUAUGAACUUUGUGGAAAGGUGUAACCAGCAUCAUUUUAACAAUGAGCAAAUAUUGACAUAAAACAAUCACACUUUUUACAGUUUCAACAUUUUAAGUGUUGUUUUAAGAGGUUAUGAACUUUUUCACCAGUUGUUUUGCACAUGAUCAUGUUUGUCAGCUUUAGGUUGAGGCGUCUUUCUUAUCAACAGUUCACAGGCUGAGAUACUCCAAUCAGUAUUUAUUACUCACAUCAGAAACGUGACAUAAAUCCUGUAUUUAACAGGGAGGUCAACAUUUUCCACACUGAGGCAACUCAACCUGCUUUUUUAUAUCACCAUUUGAUAAAACACUCCGAUUUACCACCAGUAGAGCAGGAGUAGGUUUAAAAUUCAUUGAUAAAAUUCUCUCAAAGUCAUUAAAAAUUGUGAGUGUAAAGCUCAAAAACAGGAUUUAGUAUCGAUUUAGGAUUUAGUCGAGUAAAAGAGGAACUUUUUAAAGCUUACAUUUGAAGAUGUUAGAGCUGGAAAGAUAACACAAAUGCACCUUUACACUCAGAGUGAACCUUUGUAUCCACACCUGGUGUUAAUAUCUGAUUUGUUAUCUGGAUUUAUGGUUAAAUCUUAGUGUACAGCUUUGAUAGGAAGACCUGCAGAAGACCUUGAGGAGUUAUAAGAAGACACUAUAUCACAUAUAUAAUGAUUUUUGAGGUGUAAGCCUUUAGAUUUAUCCUGCAUAGUUUGAUCCAUACAUGCGUUUAAGAUUCAGAUUAAAUGUCAUUUUAAGGCGGCGUCUCCUGCUUGAUGGAGUUUGUGCCUUACUAUGAACCAGUUUCAGCUUGUUGUGAAGAUCACCCAUGCUGAAAAAGUGACAGAACUUGUGAACACUUUGCCAGUAUGCAAAUAAAGCCCCUUUAGUUUUUGAGUUUUCUUAUCUUUUCAUAAUCUUGAUCCCACACAGGGAACAAGAACCACUCUAGGCAGCUCCAAGAGGAUAUAUCAUAUUAUGAUGAAGUGUUGUUUGUCUCCUGAUGGGGGCCAUGUCUUUAAAAAGUGCACAAGAAAUAGUAUUCUGUGAAUCCAUGAGAACCUCAUCCUUCACAUUUAAUAAGAAACUGUUAUUUAAAAUGCUUUCCUCGUGAAAUUAAAUCUUGUACCAGGUUGUGAAAACAUGCGUUGUUGUGAGUAGUUUUUAUUUUCAUUUUAAAUCUGGUGGGCGGUCUUUUAAAUAUCCUGAAAGUCAUUGGAGCCGCCCAGCACAGCAGGAUCACGCUGAGAGAGCAGCUUUCACUCUCAAAUGGCAAAGAGUGGAAUAACAUGAUUGGCAGUGCAAGUGUGAGUCUGUGUUUCUGUUUGUGACUGAAGUGAAAUCCUGCAGUGAUUAAAAAAUCUCAUUCAUAUUAAUAUGGACUGACAGUGUUCCUUCAUGGUGAUGAAGUGUGUCUCUUUGUUUUGUUUUAAUCUAAGUUUACACUUUGUGAUAGUGACAGAAAACACACAAAUCAACAUCAGGUUCUUUUAUUCUCAUAAUGCUUGUUUUAACCCUGUACUGUGUUGAUUUCUUUGCAGCUAUACGUCAUCAUUUAAUUAGACACAAUCAGAAACAGCAACUAGAUUAUGUUAUUUUUUUCAUAUUCUUAGGUGUUAUGAUAUUAUGUACUUGUCAGGUUAUGUUACAU